CGGUCCAACGACCGAGGAAACCUCCAUUACUGUGUCAAAAAAAUGGUGCAUAGCAAGGACUCUUACCUGGACCUUGCUUUCCUGGUUCCUCUGGGCCUGAAGGCAGAAAACCCAAUCCCUGUACCAUUCCUGGUAUAUUGUAACUCUCGUGAGGAUGCCCGUCUCAGUGCUGAGUAUCUGCAAUCGCGGGUCAGUAGAGAAUUAAGGAAGAAGAUAGUGUGGGUGCAUUCCAGCAUGUCGGAUGAGCAUAAGAUUAGGAUCGUUCAACAAUUUAAUGAGGGAAAUUUGAUUGGGCUAACGAGUACAGAGACACUCGGGCUUGGUCAUGACUUGGUUAAUGUGACGAGACUUGUACAGUUCUGCCCACCUGAUAAUCUUAGCACCCUUACCCAACGCUUUGGCCGUGCAGCUCGAGACCCUUGCAUUUCUGCUGUUGUUAUCCUGCUUGCUCCAAAGGAUUAUUUUCAGGACACACACCAAGAACGAGCUGAAAGGGCUCGGAAGGCAGCUGCAACUAAAAAGCACAAG